AAGAAUGGAUUAAAUAAGAUAAUAUUGAAGAAAAUUUAACUUUGAAGUCACAAUUCUCAAUCAAGCAGAAAACUAAAAAAAUAGUUAAGCGCCAAUGCAAAAAUAAAGCAAGGUUGGAAAACAAAAAGCAAAGAUGGUUCAACGAGUAUCAGACCCAGAAAAGUCAGUCCCCGAAGACACAUUCUCCCAACUUUUGGGGCAUUUCGGGAAAUGGCAACUAAUAAUCUUCCUGUCAGUAUUCCUCAUCAAAUUUGCAUCAGGAUGGGUGCAGAUGGCCAUACUUUUCCUGACACCUAAAGUGACAUAUUGGUGUGAAGAGUUCCCGGAGAACUUCACUGGGGUUAUAGCUAACGGGAGUUGUUAUAAAGACUGUGUGAAGUAUGGGUAUGACACGAGUCCUAUGGACAGCACUAUAGUUUCUGAGUGGGACCUUGUGUGCGAUCGGGCGUGGAUGGCAAGUUUCACUCAGAUGAUGCUGCAGUUUGGUAUCUUGACUGGGAGCAUCGUUUAUGGAUUCCUUUCUGACAGAUACGGACGGCGGAUCACCUUCCUCGCCUCAAUCUGCGGCCUCGUCCUCUUCUCGUUCUGCAUCCCCUUCUCCACCAGCUACAUCGUCUUCACCGUCUUCCGUUUCUUCCUCGGCUUCUCCACCGCCGGGACCAUGGUUAUCUCUUUUGUCAUCGUCAUGGAGGCCGUAGGCCCCAAGUACAGGGAGGCCUUUGGAUGUGUGUUCCAUAUUCCUUUCAUCUUGGGGCAUUUGACUAUACCAGUGUUCGCAUAUUUCUUCAGGACUUGGGAGUCGUAUACGUUGGCUCUGGCGGUGCCUCAAGUGGUGUACUUGAGCUACUUUCUGUUCGUGACGGAAUCUCCGAGAUGGUUGGUCAGUGUGGGAAGAGUGGAUGAGGCCACGGAGAUUGUGAAGAAAGCUGCUAUCAUGAACAAAAUGCCUACAGAUAAAAUAGAAGAGACCCUCAAGAAGGUAUCCCACGAGUUGGUAACCCGCGAGGCGCCUAAAGUCCACUAUGGCGACCUGUUCCGUCCCAAUCUGUGGGUCCGAACCGUGUGCUCCUGUGCCUUAUGGGUCAUUACUGGAGUCACGUUCUAUGGAGUCAACCAGUACAUCAGUCAGACAAGCUCCAGUCUAUACAUUAGUAUUGCCGCUGCUGCCGUAAUUCAGUUACCCGCCAACCUCCUGUCAAUCUGGUGCGUGCGCACCUUCGGCAGGAAGGCCACCACCAUCGCCGCUUUCACCCUCGGCGGCCUAUGCCUCCUAACCCUCGGGGUGGUCGGCGACCACUUCUGGCUCAAAUUCACACUCGGAACUCUGGGCGUCAGCUUCUUGGCUAUUGAUGCUACCACCAUUUAUAUCUACUCCUCAGAAUUAUUCCCUACUGUGGUUAGGAAUAUGGGUUUGGGGCUGUGUUCUGUAGGUAUGAGAUUUGGGUCCAUGUUAGCUCCGUUCAUUUCGAAUCUAGCCGUAACUACACCAUGGUUGCCGACGGUUAUCUUUGGGUUCGCCCCGCUGCUUGGAGCGGUUAUUUGUUUGUUGCUGCCAGAAACGAAAGGAAAGAAGUUGCCGGACUCUUUUGAGGAUGUUGAAAGUUAGGGUUUCAGUGCCGUAUACGAAGGGGGACUCGC